UAUAAGUAAGCCCAUGGAGCAGAGGAGGCAGCCAGCCACUGCACCUUAACAUGGGACGUGGCAGAGGCCGGAGUCUGAGUACGCAGACCAAACGCGGGCACUAGCAGGGAGUGCAAGAUCAUGGACGAUGAUGACUUCACCUUCGCCGUCGUCCCGCCGCCUCUAGCUCUCGUCUUCCCCGGCGGCCGCAUGGGCCCGCUGUACCCAGUCUUCGGCCGGCCGAGAUCCCCGCCGCGGCUUCCGGAGCCGGAGACAGCCACCGUGCGGGUGCCGCUGGGGCGGCUUCUGAUGGUGGACAAGGAGCCGUCGCCGUUGAAGCUGCCGGCCGACGACCUCGCCUCGGUCCCGGCGGACAUGUACAGCCCGUGGUCCCCAGGGAGGUCGGCGGCGUCUCCGGCGAUGUGCCGGAAGAGCGGCUCCACGGGGUCGGUCCUCCGGUGGAGGCAGCGGUACGUCGGCCGGAGCCAGAGCGACGGCAAGGAGAAGUUCGUGUUCUUGAACACCAGUGCCUCCGAGUCCGGGCGUAAGGGGAGAAGCGGCGAGGGUGCCGGCGGCGGCCACGCCUGGAGCUACUACGCAAAGGGAGGCGGAUGCGUCAACGGUGCGCGCCGGAGGUCGUUCCUGCCGUACAAGCAGGACCUCGUCGGGCUGUUCGCCAACGCCGCCGUGUUCCGGCGGAGCUAUCAUCCGUUCUAACGUAGCGUACGUAUUCACGGCGUGGUUCUAUCUUAUCUGCAUACGUUUACAAAUUCGGAGAGCAAGUUGGCAUGCCAUAGUGCUAGUAUGUUACCAUGUGAUUGGUAAUCUUGGCUGCUUUGUUUGUUGGCAAUCACCAGAGUGUAACAGAGCUUGUAGCAGGCUAGCAGUGCAGUGUCUGCACUCCAUUUCUUCUGGCUUGAAGUUUAUUCAGCGCUUGUAGAGAAGUUGAGCCCAGGUAUUUUGGACUAUGGAGUGAUCUACGAACUACUCUCGUGGUAAUAGAAAUUUAGUGAUGAAAA